GUGCUGCUUGCUGCUUCCAUAUGCACGAAAGAUGGGAAGGGUAUGUUUUUCAUAUUUAUCUGAUGGCUGCAGCUUUGCUUUCCCGACAGUUUGUGGAAAUGACGAAAGCGAGAAUUGAAGGACUUAUAGCUACUUUUCCGAAGUUGCUGGGUGAAGGAAAACAGCACACUUUUGUGGAAACCGAGUCCGUCCGUUACGUUUAUCAACCACUGGAGCAACUAUUUGUUCUUUUAAUCACCACCAAGGCGAGCAAUAUUUUGGAAGACCUAGAGACCUUGCGUUUAUUUGCUCGAGUGAUUCCAGAGUACGCUUGCGGUACAUCCGAGGCAGAUAUUUUAAACAACGCAUUCCAGUUGAUCUUCGCUUUCGAUGAGAUUGUAGCCCUCGGUUAUCGUGAGGAUGUCAAUCUGUCACAGAUACGAACUCACACCGAGAUGGACUCACACGAAGAACGUGUAUUCCGCGCCGUGCAAGAGUCGAAAGAACGAGAAGCCAAGGAGCUAAUGAAACAGCGAGCUCGUGAUUUGCAGUUGGCGCGUCAAGAAGCCGCCAAACGUGGCCAGGGUGGUGGUGGUGGUGGCCUAGGAUCAAUGCGGUCGCUCAAAGCUGCUGUAACCGGCUACGGGAGUGAUGUUGGCAAGCCAGACGAGCCUCGUGUGGUGGUGAUGCGUGAUCGAUUUGGAAACGAGGAGCCGGAAUUCGGAUCCGGAACGACACCUUCCAAUUUAGUUCCUUCCACAAAGCGCAGUGGAAUGAAGCUUGGAGGCGGUCGAACGGGCACAGGUGCCGUCGAUCAGUUUGUCGAUCGUCUGAAAGCAGAAGGUGAGGCAGUGAGCGAGGACUUGGCCAAACUGUUGGACAGUGGGACCGUGGCUGAGCCCGGUGGUCGCGUCCGUCGAGUCACUGAUGAGCCCACACCGGUGAAGAAAGAGGAUCUGCACAUCCGUAUUGAGGAAAAACUAUCCGUUCAAGCCGGACGAGACGGCGGUCUUGAACACUUUGAACUUCAGGGGAUCAUGCACGCCUUAGCUGCUUCUUCGGCUGCCACAGAAGCUCGUGUGCGAGUAGACACCACGGAGGCACUGAAUCCGCAAAACGAGAAACAACCCCCAGCUCAGCUGCAGACUCACCCCAACUUGGACAAGAAAGUGUUUAUGACUACGAACUGGUUACAAGUCAAGGCGGGUGGUAAACACUUCCCUGUCGGUCAGGAAGUUGGCGUUCUGCGUUGGCGGCUUCAAACCCAAGACGAGUCUGUGCUUCCCAUCACCAUUAACUGCUGGCCCAACGAAAUCAAAGGCGGGUUCGAGGUAAAUAUUGAAUACGAAUUGCAAAAUACGGAGUUGGAGCUGCAAGAUGUGGUCAUUACAAUCCCGCUUCCAUCCGGUUCGAAGCCUCCAGCGGUUGGCAAUUGUGAUGGCGACUACGAAGUAAACCCCCGAAAAACCCAUAUGGAUUGGCAUUUGCCCCUGAUCGAUGCGAGCAGUCCGUCUGGUUCCAUUGAGUUCACUUUGAGCACCGAGCGUGGCACCAAACCCGAUCAGUUCUUCCCGCUCAAGGUGACCUUGACGUCCGACAAAUCAUUCUGUGGAAUUCGAGUGGUGGAGACCAUGGAUCCCCGAAACAAACCGGUGCCGUUCUCAACUGAAACUCGGUUCUAUGCGGAAAAAUAUGAAAUCGUCUAGACCUAUGGACUGUUGGCAACGGCCUCGUGCUUUCUUUUUUUGCCAGAAACUUCGAGGAGGUUUUGUGGUAAAUUGUUCUCUCCACUUGAUCGGCACGCGGUCUCUCCUCGGCGUGCAUUCUUGCUCCUAAACAGUGAUACCUGUCUUUUUUCGGAUGUUUUCUCCCGUUGCCUAUCUUACUCCAACUUUUUCAACAAAGUUGUAACUUGUUUUGUGACCAGGCGUGGUUUUCUUUUCAUUGCCAGUCUUUGGGGGUCAUGAUUAACUCCGAGGCAGCAUAUCAC